UAAUAAAAAGUUCGAAUGUCUGGCUGAUAAAUAUGCAAAAGUGGUAAAAAUUGGUGGGGACGGUGACAGCGAAAACAUCGAAUCAAAAACGGCAGAAGGAAGUUUCAAUUGGAAUGUGCUUGAGAAAAAGAGUGCAAUAGAUGUAAGCUUACAUUUUGCGUUAAAGAGCAAGUAGGAAAACCGCUUACUGCUUUUUGAAGGGAAAUCUAAAGUAACGUGCCGCAAGAGCAGCGCUGCCCUCGGUAGCGACAGAGGCCUUACUUAUUUUAAGUUACUACUAUGAAGAACUCUAAUAAGGAAAAUUUUAUUCGAGAAUUACAAACUGUAGUUUGUUUAAAAAAUAUAUAAAAAGUGAAGGGUAUAAUUUACAGAUUUAGAUUUGCCAAAAUCUGUUAUAAAACAUAAAAAUUGUUGUCACUGAGACAUAUGUGUGAUUAUAUGAAACAAAUUGAGUAAAUGCAUAAAUAAAUGUAUUGGAAUUGCGACUUCUGCGAGCGUAAUUUUUAAUAAAAUAUAAAGGUCCCCUGCUGUCGACAUUGUCCUAGCUAUGUCAGCAGAAUACGAAAGUAGUCAAAGCGCGGCGCAAAGCAAAGGUAUAAUGCAGAAAGCAAAGAAAAAUGACAGCAGCAAUAAUGACGAUGACACCUUAGAGGAUCUGGCGGGCUCAGCGAACAACUCGAUUAUUGGGAAAGUAAAAUCGCGAGUAUCUAGCAUAAUCCCUAGUAGUUUUUCAAAAUGGUUUUCACCAUCAGCACGAAAUAAUGAUUCAUUAAAUGGAAGCCUCAAUAUAGGCUCGGCACGGCGCCGUCGGCGUUUAGAAAUUGAGGACGAUGAAGAAUAUGGCGAUGAUGAUGAUAGAGACACAAAUGAAAAUGAAAAUCUUUCACGCAGAGAUUAUAAAGAAAACCUAGGCCACAGCGAUAAAGUCAACAAAGACUCAGAUGAAGAUGAUACUGACAACAGCGAAGAAGAUUUUCCAAAGGCAAGAACUCUUCGCUCUGGAAAAUCAGAAUUUGUUAACGAACCACCUAGUAAACGAUCCCGGAUUAGUUUUGAUAUUUCAAGUGUUCAUCAGUCGCCAUUAAUCGCAUCUACUCCUGCGGUCGGCAAUAAUUAUAGAAGUAUCAUCAGCCAUUCUAUAGAUAAUGUAUUGUCCAAACCGACACCAUCAUACAUUACAAGUAAUUUCACCGAAGGAAAUGUAAAUAACAACGUAAACACACAAACGACAUCGUCCACAUUUAGUACAACAUAUGUACCCGAAGUUAAACCGCAAGAUGCUCUUACGAAUAGAAUGAAUAUUAAUGAAAAACAAUUUGAUAACGUUACUGGAAUUAGCUCAAGAAGAACGUUGCAUCUGCCCUCGACUUCGCUGGCAGCUAAAGAACGCGAUAUGUCAAUGGAGUUUUCAAAUUUAAAACGCCAAUCCCUUGGUGGUGUAUUGGAUCCUAAGAAACUGGUAUCAGAUCCAGCGGACACUUCAACAACUAUAACUGAAGUUGAAACAUUCAAUCGAGACAACCAACCAUUAACGUUUUCGAAUAGGAAAGAGCGCCAUAAUAUAAAUGGGAAUACAUCGACAGUGGUAAGCAGUAAGAAGCAAAAGUUAAACGGUAUAGAGAUACCUGAGGAGAGCAAUGCAGAUGCCGAAUCAUCUUCCGAAAGUGGUGACGACUGUAUCGGCAAUAAUUCUGAGUUGCCCCAUAUUACAAAUUUAGGGCAACGUAAAACAGGUUUAUUUAAUAUGUCCAACAUAAAUAGCCAAAACGGAAAUAAGAGCCGAACUUCUUCGUUUGGAAAUGGCAUAAAUUUUUAUUCUCAUUUAGAAGGCCGCAAAUCGCUUUUUUCUGGUGGAAUAAACACUGCCGAAUCUGCUAAUGUUAUAAACAAUUCUACUUUAUCUCUAACAUCUCUAAAUAGACGCCAAUUUAAUGCUUCUAUAUAUGGCAGUACGGCAGCUUUAAGCGAUAGUAGAUUGCUAAAUACAUUCUCACCUUUCUACAAAGGAAAAACUACAUAUGGAGGCGCAGCAGCCUACAAGAAAUAUAAUUCUAGUGCAGGGUCGAACAGAAUUUGUAAUAUCACACCAACUGUAAUACGCCCCACUUCGAGUUUAUCGACACUAUCCUCUUCGAAUAAUUCGCUUAUUGCAAAUACUGGCGGGUCAAAUGCAUUAAGUGGUAUGAGCAACAAUGGUUUAGAAAACACUUCGGCCAUUUCCAGUACAGCUAAACGGAUAUUAGACUUGAUAAACGACUUUGCCACACCCUUAAGCGAAGCUAAGAAGAUGGCCAAUACAAGCGUCAAGGCAAAUCUACAAAUUCUUCCACAAGCUAAAACACGUUUAAAUGAAACUGAUCUACAAGCGUCGCGCGCAAUGCGUCUUUCACAAGUGCGCACACCUUACUCGCGACCGGCUGUAACUUUGCAGCCAACAAUUAAGAACACAGCUAUACCCCCACCUGUAAAGGAAUUGCAAGUACCAUCAAUAUCACAGUUAUUGCAAAUGAAGAAGAUGCAAAGCACCACCGAACGCUCACGACAAAUAACGAUGCAAAGCAGUGAUAGUGCCACGCGCGCAAUUGUCAGGAGCGGUGAAUAUAAACUACCUACAGCAAACGAAAACAACUUGGUCGAUAAGGAGAGGCCACAAGUUCAACAGCAACAGCAGCAACAUACAAAUAAAAUAAAAAGUAAAGUUCGAGCAUCUGGUCGUGUUACUGCAUCAAAGAACGCUGCAAAUUUUGAAGCAGACGAACCUCCACCUCCAGUCAAUUUGCCCAAUAUAGCGUUUCCGCUUAUGCAGUCGGUACCAAAGUUUGACAUAGCUCUACCAAAAUCUCAAACAGCUAUGCCUCUCGAUAGCAUUAAGCCCGGCUUAAAAACCCACGAUACCUUGCCCAAAUCGCAAGUGUCAAUCGAAAAUAGUACAGCCGACGCCAGCAGAAACAUUAGUACAGCUCCAUUCAAAUUUAGCGCAGCCAGUAACAAAAUAGAUCCUGCAAAACGAACCAAUAACUUAACGAUGUCCAAAUCAGUUGUAAAGGAUGGCAAUUCAUCCACUACAGGAAUUAAAAUGAAUUUCAAAUUUUCAGCACCGCUAACUUUCGAGUGUUUUACUUCGAAUAUUUCGUCAAAACAUAAUUCGGAUACAGUUAUUAAAAAGUACACAUUUAGUCCGCCAAGCGAUGUAAACUUUGAAGACAACGAGCAAGCGAAACUAGAAAGUGGUAAAACGGUAGUAUCCCAACUGAAAAGCGGUAGUGUGCUUGAUGCCCUGAAAAAACCCUUUGUUUUGCCGUCAACCACAAAAGAAAUUAUAUCAAGCUCAAGCUCUGAUGGCAACGAGUCCACAAGUGGUUUUGGCGAUCAGUUCAAAAAAGCUUCAAAUAAUAAGUGGGAAUGCAACACUUGUUUGAUUCGUAAUGAGAGUGAUGUAGAUAAAUGCGUAGCCUGUGAAACUAUGCGCACAAAAGGAUCAACGUUUACAUCAACGCUUAAUGCCAAUUCCAAAGCACCUCUAAUUGAUAGCUCUUUAACUUUGAGUGCUCAAUUCAAAAAACCUUUGGAUGAGUGGGAAUGCGACGUUUGUAUGUUACGGAAUAAAAAACAAUCGGAUAAAUGUGUCGCAUGUGAGACUGUGCGUAAAGGAGUAACAGAGUCCACCAGCUUAAGCACAACUAAAUGGCAGUCUAAUUCAUUUGGUGAAGCAUUUAAACCGAAAGCCAACUCAUGGGAAUGCCCAACUUGCCUUAUAAACAACAAAUCCGAUUGCAAUGAAUGUAUUGCUUGUCAGACAAAGAAACCAGGCAGUGGAAGCGAAGAUAACACUAAAACUAGCUCUACAACAAUCACUAAAAAUACAACAUAUACAUUUGGUUUCAGUAAUGUUGACAGCAAGUCUUCCGGUCAAUCAACUGCUCAACCGGAUUCUGGUUUCAAAUCACUUGCGGCAUCCCAAAUGUCAGCUAAGUGGGAAUGUGAUGCUUGCAUGACGCGAAAUGAUGCCGCUCGCAAUAAAUGCGUUUGUUGCGAACAAGCAAAACCUGGAGUAGCAACGUCAGAUUUUCCAGACAAUGGUCCUAAGUUUACAUUCGGCUCAGCCGCAUCGUCAAAAUUCACUUUUGGCUUUGGGUCCAGUGUGAAUGGAACAACGACUUCAGAGUCCGGUGCAGUAUUGACAUCUGUAGCCGGAUCAAAUCAAAAGACUGAAGAAGGCAAUAUAAAAAGUUCAGCAUUGGAAAAAGCACAGGCUACAAGCCAGGCACCACCUUUAGGCAGUGGCUUCAUAUUUGGCAUAAAACCUACUACUGUCACAAGUGAAAAAGAUGUUUCCAGCAAAAACACCGAAAACAAGGAUGUCGCAGAUAACGGAAACAAUUCUAAGAAGUCAACACCUGAAUCAAACAUAAGCGGUUUUAAAUUUGGCGGAAGCACCGCUUCAGAAAACAAUGAUCUUAAUACAAAACCCAACUUCCAAUUUGGCGUGCCAGCAACCACUGCUACAGCUACGGUGACAUCAUCACCAGCUGUCAAAUUCAGCUUUGCCGCACCAGUAACUUCAGUCAGUGCUAUUGGAGGUGAAUCUAAGGAACAACCUAACUCUAACACGUCUUUAAGUAGUAAACCUGCGACUGGAGGCUUUUCUUUUGGUAAUAGCACAACACCAGCAACGUCUCAAUCAAUUAGUGGAUUUUCAUUCGGCACAGGUACUACAACAACCACAACGACAUUUACUUUCGGCACCUCUACAUCCACAACUCAACCCAGUCAAUCAUCAGUUACAACGACUACAUCAAUGUCGACUGCCACCGUUAAACCAAUAUUUAGUUUUGGCAGUAAUACUACCUCAACUGCACCAGAAACAAAGCCAACGCCAUCUUCAAUAACAUCAACAGCUAUAACAAGUACAACGCUUUCGGCCUUUUCAAAACCUACUGUGGGUUUUAGUUUCGGUACCGGUGUUUCAGGGUCUGCUACAGUCUCACCGGCUACUAAUGCUAUUUUUGGUAGCUUUAGCUCUCCUACCGUCUCUGGGACUUCAGCUGCUAUCACAUCGGCGCCCACCACAGCGAACUCCACAUUGUCCAAUGUGUCCAAAAAUGUUUUUGGUACGUUCGGUGAAAGCAGCUUACCGGCCAAGACAACUACUACCUCAGCUACAUCAACCACUGCUGUCUCUUCAGCAAAUCCUUUUGGAUCGAUAAACCAAAAUGUUGCAUCAACUAUCAGUAAUGAGUCAACAAAGCCCAUUGCUUCAGCGACAAUGAUUUUCGGAAGUGCUGGGAGUGGCAGUUCGAAUAAUAAAACCAAUGCCGGUGCGUCUCAGUCCUCGAGUGCGCCGUUUGUUUUUGGUUCAUCGACAUCAAUUGCCACCACACAAGGUUCAUCGAGCAAUACAACGACAAAUGUACUCAUAGCUGCACCUGCCGGUUGGCCGAAAGGUGGAUUCGCUUUCGGGGCAAAUUCUGGUACACAGAACACAAAUGAGCCUUCUAAACCUUUAUUUGGGAGUUUCGCCCCUCCUGCAGUUUCGUCAACGACAGGGACUAGUGGCUCAAUGUUUGGAAACUUAGUUAGUAGCAGCACAGCUGCGGGUGCGAAUGCUACUUUUGGCAGUGCGGCAGCCAAUGGUUCUACAGUGAGUCCCAGCACAAUGUUCGGAGCUAACACUUCCAACGCCACACCGACCACACAUACAACGCAAAAUCUUUUUGGCAGCGUAUCUACUGCGCCAUCUUCAUUCGGUGCACCUCCAACCUUUGGUAAUAAUGGUAACAAUACCUCCAACAGUACUCCGACCUUUGGCGCCGCCAGUUCGGCAACGUUCGGAAGCUUCGGCUCUACGGCAUCGAAUGCCAAUGGUGAUGGUGCAUCUGCAGCAAAGAAAUCCGAGCCGGCAUUCAAUUUCGGCGGAAACAGCUCUCAAAUAGGAUCAAAUAGUGGCUUUAGUUUUGGAAUGCAAGCAAGUGCUCCAGCAGCUAAACCAGCAUUCAAUUUCACUGCUUCAAGUGCGCCCGCUUUUAACUUCACCGGUUCCUCUAGUGAUGCGGCUAAACCUUUUCAAUUCGGAGCUACACCACCAGCGCCGGUUUUCAAUUUUAAUAGUGGGGCUGUGGAGGCCAACACCUUCAGCGACAAGCGCCCCCGGUGCUAUGCAGGCUCGACGAAAGAUCCGUCAACCGGCAAGACGACUCCCACCACGGUAGAGCAAUUUACAAACGCAGACGCCAUUAACGGCGUGGACCAACACCAAAACCAACUGACGGGACAAAUACAAUGGUCGAGACAGAGGAACAACCGAGAUAAAGAUAAGAGCAACAAUAGAAUUCCUGCAAUCACGCAGAAAGGCGAGAAUAAAGCAACAAAAACUAAAUAUAAUAAUUACACUGUUUCGGGCAACAUAAUUAACACCAGCGAGUGCAACGACAACAACAAAGUCGACUCAAGCACACCAUCAGUGGUAACUAAUGUAAAAAUGGUUGACGGCGUUCGAUGUGAUUAUGAUAUUAAUAGAAUCAUAAUGCCCCAAAUGAAAGUAAAUAAAUAUAAAUAUAUUCGUCAAAUCGACGUCAAUGGUACACAAAGUUCCUGCAAUGUAGCAUCAAUUACUGGGCAAAAUAAUGCAAUUACAGGGAAUCCAUUAGAAUUGUAUAAAGUCAGCCAUUUUCAUGAAAUACCCGGUCAAGAGGUCUCUGGGAAGAGGCUGGUAAAGCGUAGUAUCCGUAUCCAACAGAAAUUUAAUAGGAGCAAACAAGAGUAUAUUGCACCCAAAGAGUCAUAUGUAAAAAUAGAUUCAUAUCUCAUGCGAAACCAAUAUCGCAAAGUUAAUUUUAAAAGUGUUGGAUCAAUCGUGACAACUUCGCCUGGAAUAUCAAGUGAUAACUCGUUGCCCUCAUCCCCGUCGUCGUCGGUGAUGCAGCCAGCAGUGGUUAAUCAAUAUCAUCUAAUGCGUUGCUGCCAAGACAACUCAGAACUGAAACCGACACAAAAUGAGUUAUUAGAGUCCUUGCCAAUGGCAAAUGAGCGACUGAAUACUGGACGAAAGGCUUGUAACUCAUUUAUUAUCACCAAAUCCACUAGAGCCACUGUUGCGACAGAUGUUAACGAUUAGCCUUAAAGCUCUACUACGACCACCAGCUGUUAGACAGGAAUUUCAAUUAGCAAAAUGCUGGUAAAUGACAGAAUUAGACGUGACAGAUUACAUUAUUAUUGAUUUCUAAAAGUUACUUUAACCAAUUUACUAUUUUAAGAGCUCUAAUACUGUGUAAACAAAAGUUAUCAAGCAGAAAAGAUAUUUAAGAGUUAAUAAUGAGGUUAUAAUAGGUAAAGGAAUAAAUUAGAAAAUAAAGAACAUAACAUCAGAACAAAAUUUCCAACGUGAAGUAAUUCAGGAAAUAUGAAAGUAGUACAUUCGUGCAUACAUCUUAAUAAAGAGAACCUAUUAUACUACCACUAAAACUAGUAUGAAUAAGAAGAAAAGAUUUCCAAAUGCCACGAUGCGUUUAAGGUGAAACAGAAACGGGAAGAAUUCCGAUUUAAACCCACUGGAAGACUAUAUACAUAUAUUGUUUUGAUAACAUAAUUAUCUAUAUCACUAAUUUGGCGAAGUUAAUUGAGGCGAUUAUAUUAAAAAAAUAUGUGUUUUUAUUCAUAUUUUAUUAAAACUCAGCUUGUGUGUGCUGGCGUUUCGUCGUCGGAAAUUGGCGAAUGGAAGGACAUGUUCUAGUACAUCUACAUUAAUAACUAUAAAUAUUUCUAUUAACGCAUACUUGCUUAUUAUCUAUUAUAUUUUGUUACUUUUGUAAGAUACAUAAAUAUUCGUUUCUAAUUGAAGAGUGUUAACAAAAUUGUAAAUCUUAGUCUAAUUGAAUUAUCUGAAAUUUGUUUUUGUAACAGUAAAGAAACCAACUUAAUUCUGCAGAAGACCGUUGAAAUUUCACAACUACAAUAAAAUAAUGUACAUACAUGUAAGAGAAUA